CCGGUUCUGUGCGCUUUCUCAGGCACGCAGUACUUGCUUACGUCCGCUCGCCCGAUCUGGCUCAGAUCUCUUUCCCUCCUCCCUCAUAUACCAGCAUGCCCGAGGGCCCUCCACCUCAGCAAACCACCGAUAUACCUGCCAUGGUCGUCCACCCACACCAAUCCAAGAAGAAACGCUUCGACGACGACCAGGUCUCUGCUGACCUCGGCCUCAAACCUGUUCAAUUGCAGCGAAGACGGGUCUGGCGAGCAUGUGAAUCUUGCCGUCGCAAGAAGAUCAAGUGUGACGGCGUCGAGCCCGCCUGUUCGCAAUGUGCCCAAUCCAAGUCUCAGUGUACGUGGCUGCAGACGAAGGACCGAGCUGCGCUCAGCAGACACUACGUCCAAGAGCUUGAAGCUCGUCUUCUCCAGCUGGAGGGUUUGUUCCAGCAAGUCGCACCUAUCCUUGAGCAGGUCGGGGAAAGUGGUCUCGACCCUUCCAAUGUACCCCCGUCCUCGUCGGCGCGCCCAGGCCCGUCCUCAGCUAGUCUCAUCCAGUCUGUCCUCCCACAAGUCAGGGAGGCCGCACAAUCCGCGGGCGCACCCAGCGAGGGCCUCGGCUCUGACAGCAGCCCGCCGGUCAAGGUCGAGGACGAUGUAUCGGAGUCCUUCGGCCAGCUGGCGCUCGACGAGCACGGCCACAUGCACUGGAUCGGCGGCUCGUCCACAAUGUCCAUUAUCCAAUCGUUCCUCGAGGCGACCUCAUCGCCGCUGCGCCGUAUAUCUCCUAUGGAGGAUGACCCCUUGGCACAGGGCCCAAGCAUGAACAAGCUAUACUUCCCGGCCCAAGUAUUCUUCGGGAAGGUCCGUGCCUUGCCCAAGCCAGAGGAAGUGGAGUAUCCAGAUCGCGACCUCGCCGACAAGCUGGUCGAUGCGUAUUUUGCUCGGUUCCAUUUUCUCAUGCCUAUCCUGGACAAGCCUUCAUUCAUGAGGCGAUAUACGUACCUCAUGGAUCACACCAACGACAUUGAGCUCGCCAGGGGGCAGACCGCGUUCAUUGCACUCGUCUGCGCGGUCUUCGCUGUUGCUGCUCGGUUUGUGAACGACCCACGGCUGUUGAAGGCAGACAACCUCGACGACGCCGGCAUGGGGAUGGUAUACUACGAGCGGGCAUUAAUUCUCCACCACAUCAGCCAUGCGUCUACACAGCUCGAGCAUGUUCAAUGCUUCAUCCUCAUGUCUUCCUUCCUAUGUUCCGUGAACUGUCUUCCGCAGGCCUGGCUACUCGUUGGACAGGCCGUUCGUUCCGCACAGGACCUUGGUCUCCACCGUUCGCCUCGGAGGUUGUUCAUCUCCGCGAUCGAGAAGGAGACAAGACGCAAGGUGUGGUGGGGGGUGUACACGCUCGACCGCAUGCUUGCUCUUGCUUUGGGUCGCCCUCUUGGGGCCGAGGACAUCGACUGCGACGUCGAAACCCCCGUCGAUGUCGACGACGAACUGCUUCCCGAGUACUUUGCUGGCGCGACGAUCUCCCGGGAGCCUCCCCAGCUCAUGAAGGGCUUCAUCGAUCUCACCUUACUCUACCGCAUAGCUGGGAAGGUCCUCCGUCAGGUCUACGCCCUUGACAAGUGCAGAGAGAUACUCGAGCCCGAGAAGCGCGCCGAGCUCCAGCGCGCGGUCGAGUCGCUCGACAGGGAAUUGACGAAGUGGUGCGACGACUUGCCCGAGGCUUUCAAGUCUCGCCCUAUGACCGACAAGCAAGUCUCAAUGGGUGCCGUCCUUUGCAGCCAUUACUACUCUAUCCUCGUCACCCUUCACCGCAACUUCAUGCCUGUGAAGUACGACCAGCCCCUUUACCCGCGUUCAACCGCGAAGGCCGUCUCCACAGCUAGGGCAUGCAUCCGUCUGGCACCUGCCAUCCGAGGCGUUGUACCUCCCAGCCACCAUCUCGCCUUCUUUAUCCAGAAUCUCUUCAGCUCUGCCGUCAUUAUCCUCCUUUACGCUAUGCACACCCCGGAACCGACUGCGUCCCAAGCCGCGAUGGAUGAGGCUACGAGCUGCCUUCCCAUCCUGGAGCAGUGGGAGGCGCAAUGGCCCGGCGCGCGGAAGUGCAAGGAACUUCUCGAGGAGAUCACAGCCACGGCGCGCGAGGCGAUCCGCACCGCUGCGAACAACAGGGCGAACGGCCAAAUGCGAUCUCCAACAAGCUCGGCUUCGCCUUCUGGCUUUCCAGAAGGGCGCAUGUCUGCCGCGGUCCCCAUACCCGUGUCCGAAAGGCUGAUCAAGGGGAAGCCUCGGCGGAACCGAUCGAGGGAUCCGCGCUUGUCCACCCACCAGGCGAUACCGGGCAUGCAGUUCCGCCCAGAUUCUCAAAGGGCGCGAUCGACGUCUCGCAAGCGGCCUCACGACGACGAUCAGUUCCAGGACGGGAGUCAAGGAUAUGGGCUGCUAUCCAGCUCCUACCCCGGGCGAUCAACACUGAGCUCCACCAGCUCCCCCGCGUCGGUCAAUAGCCAACCGUCGCCAUCGGGCCAAAGUUUGGAGUUCUCGGAGGCGAGCCCCCGCGUGGUUCCCGCGUCUGCGUUCAAUCCCAUGAACAUUCCCCUUCCGCAGUCUCCCACCGGUCCCGUGUCGUCGCAGCGCUUCGAUUACGACUUCGGUCUAUCGCAGAGCCCUCCUGAUCGCUGGAGUCUUUCAGACGCGGGGGCGAAUGGCCUGAAGUUCUUCCCGUCUGGUUCUCAGCAAUCCCAAUCACAGCAGUCCCAGAGUCAGUCGCAGCAGCAGUCUCAGCCGUACUCGCCCAUCUCGUUCAACCCUCCGCAGUCGUCCGGCUUUGACACGUCGUAUCUUGGCUAUGACGGGCUUAGCAGCGUGGACCCCGCAGUCUUUGGAAUGCCGGGCUCGUCGCCACCGUCGACCAACGGGUUCGCUGCUCCGGGGCUGCCCUUCCGCGGUUUGGAUUUUAUUCGCAACUACAACCCUGCGGGAUACACUGGAGGCAACGGCGACCAGGCGUGGCAUACGUUUGACCCUGGCGCGUUUGGCUACGACCCAGAGAUCCCCUUCUCGCUUGGGGAACCGGCUCUGGAUGGGCAGCAAUGGCAGAACCAGUACCAUGACAUUAUGACCGAUGACUUCUGUUCACGUUACGUUGCUAGUCUCGAUGCCAGAUCGGAUGUAAUGACCUGACGUUACUGUACUAAUGCGUUCGCCCAUAGACAUUUCGGUUAUGCAACUUUAUGACGUUUGUACUAACUGUGUACUUGUAUCCGUGGUGCCUGUUGUCGAUCGAGCUACUUUACUUAGUCGGUUUGAUUGUAGUCGACUCAAUGUAAUCUGACUCUCCUAUAUUUGUCACAACCUCUUUUACUGGA